AUGCUCGAGGAGGUUGCAGCAGCUAGUUUAGACCAAGGUUUUAAAGACGAACUGCAUAACAUCAACCAAUGGCUUCGAUGUAGAUCAGACGCAGAAAGAACAGCCACAUUAUACACUGUGGUUCAAAAUGCUUCUCAGAUACAGAUCAGAUUCCUUAUCACCGUACUGCAACAGCUAGCCUCUACCAACCAUGACCCAUAUCCUGCUGGACAGGACAACUCGAUCAUUUCUACCGAGUCCGAAUAUGAGUGCAGAAAGAGACAAAUGAUGUAUCCACCCACAACAACUAGACGACGUACGCCACUUCAAUCUGCCAUGAGUGAGCCAGACGAUUUGCGAAGACGUAAUCGAGAUCUAUUUCUAUCUCGACCACUUGGAUUAAGUCAUCCUGGACCCCUUUUGGAGUUGGCCUUAGCAACCAGAGAAGCAGUAAAGGGCACUGUCACUACCACUACUUCUUCUACUACAAGUAGUAGCACCCUUUCUAGCUCCCCAUCCUCUGCAAGUGACACAGGGGGUUUAUUCUCUUCUCCACCUCGUUUACGAAACUCUUCCUCUACAAAAUCCCUCUUCUCAGAUACUCCAGACUGGCCCUUCCCUCUUUGUUCAGCCAAAAAAGAUAGCUGGUCAUUCAUCAAGCCUGUCACACCCACUGCCAGUAGUACACCCAAAAAAGAAGAUUUAUUACCAUGGGCUAUCCAAGAAGAAAGUACAGAGUCUACGUUAGAAUUAGCACAGGCAAGAUUAAGACAGGAUGAUAAAGUGAUCUCGCCUCCCGUCAAAUGGACCCCACCACCAUCCGCAUUACAAUUCUUAUCGAGCCCACCACCCACCGCUGUUGGAGAAGAUAAUAACACAGAUGACGAAAGCGAUAGUUCUUCCAGUAAGCCUUUGACAGGUUUAGCCAGAAGACGUAAGCGAUCAUCGGCAGCCCGUGCACUCAAGGAUAAAAUGGCCGCUGAAGCGGUUGAUUUUGACCUGAUGGAAGGUAAAUAUCCCCCCAACAACAACCACAACAAGAAAAUCUAA